AUGGAACUCUCGGAUACAGCACUCAAGCUGUCAAAGGUGAUCGAACGGGAAGCCAAACGACGUCAACGGAGUCGGCGAUCAUCGUUGUCUGUGGCACCCACACCGGAGGAAGACACCAUUGUGACGUCAACCGAACUUGCCUCCGAGCUACAAGCAGAAAACGCUGAUGAACCCGGGGGCUGCAUGAACAAAUUGUGGGAAUUUUUUGAAGACCCUCAAUCGUCCACACCGGCAUAUUAUUUUUCUCUGGGCAUAUAUGGAUUCAUCAUCAUUUCUACGUUUGUCUUUGUCGCUGAAACGGAGGAAGUUUUCGACCCGUACAUGGUUGUACUCACUACACUGGAGGCAAUAUGUGCAGGCGUUUUCUCUUUCGAACUGCUUGGACGCUUUGUCGUGUGCCCUAGCAAAUUGGCCUUCCUUCAAGACUACGCGAAUUGGGUAGACUUUGCAGCAGUGUUUCCUUUUUACAUGGAGUCACUUUUGGCUGUAGACAACGCUGGGUCUUUCGGUGCUAUUCGGAUAGUACGGCUCACACGAGUAGCGCGCGUCUUGAAGAUGUCACGGUACUCAUCAGCGAUUCAGGUCUUCACACAAGCGAUCUCCAUCAGUAUUAAACCUUUGACAAUGCUGAUCUUCCUCAUGUCGAUCGCCAUGAUAAUUUUCUCUUCUGCCAUCUAUUUUGCGGAAUAUACCGACGAUGGUUGUCGUGCAGAUGGAUGGAUGGGAAAUUCCGCAGCCGUAGCAUCAGUUUCGGCAAGUGAUGCUUGCGUGUGCGUGGAUCCGAAUCCAUACCAAGGCAUUGCAACAUCCUUCUGGUGGUGCAUCGUGACAAUGUCCACCGUGGGUUAUGGAGACAUGACUCCAGUUACUUUGUUUGGCAAGGUCAUCGGAUGUUGCACUGUGCUCACAGGUAUGCUGGUUCUGGCACUGCCGAUCACGGUCAUCGGUACGAACUUUCAAAAAGUCAUGAAGUCCGUUAUGCACGAAACGAUGAAGAGCAACGUGGAUUAUCUCAAAGGAAAACGUAUGAUCUGCCGGAACGAGAUCGAAGCAAUCUUAGAGAGGUUCCACGCGGUGACGGAAGGAAUUCAUCUCGACAUUGACGAUGUUAUUAACGUUUACGACACCGAUAACAGUGGCAUGCUUGAAGAUGAUGAACUGGCAAAGUUUCGUAAUGAUCUAGAGGUUUUACAAAACCGAGCCUUCAUGAAUCAAUUAGCUGUUCCUACUGUGGGUCUGCAUCGCUCGCCCUCCAUCAAAACAAGAUCUAAUAUCCCGAUCAGAGUUAUUGCAUCGUCCCCACAAAAUGGGCCAAGUGCUGACGCAGUUGGACUGAAUGGCCAGCCUAAUCUAUCUGCGUCCAGUAGUACUUCUCAUCUAAUUAUGCCGGACAAUGAGCUACUACUUCGGCUGCUUGACAUGCAGGAGAGUUUCCAGGAGCGACUUAUUGAGACAGAACAGCGACUUGAGGCGAAAAUGAACAAUCUUACAAAGAUCCUCGUGCGUCUGGAAGGUAUGAUGGAGCUUGAUGAAUAA